AUGUAUGAUCUCUCCCUCACGCACUUCUGCGAAGUGCAUGGCCCGACGUCCAUCCUCUGCUCGCAGAUACUGCCCGCCCAUUGCCGGCAGUGCACCCCCGACUCGCCUUCCUCCUCGCCAAACGGAUCACCCUCGUCCUCGGGCUCGUCCUCGUCCUCGGGCUCGCUGCAUGUCAGGGACAGAGAUGCGCCUGGCGCGGCCAGCACGGCAGCGGCCGAUGUGCUGACCUCUUCCUCUUCGCCGUCAUCCGAUCGUUGCAUCACCACUUCGGCCAUCGAGCCACUCGCCACCCCACCUGCCUCUGCGCCCGUUACGGCGCCGCGGAUAGAAGACCACCCCUGGUUCACGGCUGAGAAGCCGGCCAGGGCUGCGAAUGGCAGCUACAGCAAUGGCAAUAAUAGCAAUAGCAAUAGCAAUAGCGGUACUGGCGGCGCUGUUGGUGGGGGGCUGAAGAAGGCCGCCGCCGGUGCUAGGUUUGGCGGUGCUGCCGGCGACAGAGACACCUGUGCCAGCUGUCGUCUCAAACUGCCCGAGGACGUCAGCAAACAGCUGCCUGUCGAUGGCAAUGGAUCAGUCGAGGACCGUGGCCUUCACAGCAGUCCUGUCCUGCGGUCACGCGAAGUCGUCUUUGCCUGCCGCGGCAGCCAUGCAGAUCACUACGUGAACAACAACAACAACAGCAAUAGCAGCAACAACAGCAACAAUGGCCACAGCAAUUACUACGAUGACGAUGAUGAUGAUGGAUCACAUACCUGCUCGACCUCCGUUUCUUCUUCCCACCACCACCACCACCACAACAACAACAACGGGAGCAGCAGCAAUAAUUACUACUCUCCCGUGUCAGUGCACUCGUCCUACUCUUCCUCAGAUUCCUCCUGCCACACCCACGUAGUCACCUAUCUCUCUAUGCGCGGGCCCGCAAAGCCAGAAGACUACGCUCUACUCCGCCGUGCCUCCAUCCGCACUCUCUCCUGCGAAUUGCUUCCCCGCGGCCUCUCUUCUGGCCCGCUCUCCUUUGGCGAUCCCUCUGCAGGAUAUACCAUAGCCUAUGUCUUCCGUCUCCCAGACCCCAUGGCCCGCGGCAAGCGUCGAAGUUACGCCCUCGUUGCUCUCGCCGGCAAGGACGCCGGACGCACCUUUAGAGCCAGCCCCCUCAUCUGGCGCACCUUUGGUCGCAUUGCCAAUAACAUCGUCAGUGCCGCAGAGAAGUUCCAGGAAUCAGAAAAGAUCCGAGAAUACGGCCCUUCGCCUGUCCACCCAUCAUCAUCUACCACCACCACUACUACUUCUACUAUUUCAUCUGCUGCGGCAUCUACCGCCUCCGCCCGCGAAUAUACUCCUAUCUCGUCUUUCCUGACCGGCCGGGCUCUCGAUCCAGACGGCCAGCCAAGACGGGCAGGCCAGGUCCGGGCCCGAAAUCUGAUCGAAAUCGUUGGCAACGAAUACAUCUUUGCUGAGUUACAUGCUCAAUUCGUGGCCCUGCUACAGCAGCUCAGUGCCAUGUUUGCUUCUCCGUCGGACAAUGCUCACGGCGCUCAUAUGCCGGACUCGGCCUCUGCCUAUUACGAAGACUACGCCAACACGACUACUUCUUCUCGCUCUUCUUCUGACCGACUACGAGGAGGGAGUGGCAGUACCGGUAUCACCUCUGCCGGCAGUGAUCGCAGUCUGUCCCAGCAGUUCUCAGGCUUGAACAUGUCCACCUUUGUUCCAAAGCCAAUUCCCAUCUCCCAGCGCAGAAGGAUGGUGGCAUAAGCAGCCAGCCAGCCAUCCCUCGACGCUACCUUUGUUCUGGCGGCGGCGGUGAUGGUGGUUGUCUUGUCUAGUUCGUGUUGCUCUGCCCAGUUGCUACCCCAGUCCCUCACCCCUCACUCCGCAUCCUUCCUCGGCCGACUAUCCCUAUCCUUAACUCUUUCCGCCCUGUCUUGCCCUGUCAGGCUUCGUUUCAUCCAGGCCUGACUCGCAACAAGGUAUCCUUUGCUUUUUUCACCCCUUCUGAUUCCCUCGUCCUUUCCCUGCUUCCGACUUGCAUGCUUUGCUUCGUCACCGCUGCCACCCGGCCGGGCUCUGCUAUCCAAUCUGUUCAUCGGCCAAAGUUAUCUGCCCCAUGCACGAUGGAUGGGUGGCCGAUGCGAUGGCCGAUCUGAAUUCAAAUCACGCUACUCCCAACAACUACUUACUUUGUUACCCCGAACAUGGUCUGGUCUGGCAUGGUCUGGCCCGCCAGCAUCAAAUCAACCGCUCCCCAUCACGCAUUCACCACCGACAGACCGCUUUACGACGUUACGAACAAACCCGAUCGAUACCAGGCAUACCCAACCCAUAGACUUACUUUACUAUCCCAUCAUUAAUCCCUCAGGCAAAGCAAGCAAAACAUACUAUCACCACCACCGCCGCCGCCACUAUCAUCCCCGCCAUUUCCCAUGCUUAUUCUUAUUCCUCCUUGCUUGCUUUGCUUCAACUCUUGCUCGCUUGCUUCGCCGAAAAGUCCAAUCGCUUGCUCACCCAAAAGC